AUGGCGACUCUGCAGAGCUCCGCCGUCCUGCUGCUGUCGAGCUUCCUGAUUGGUCUGAGCUACUCUCUGAACCCAAGAGACCCGAAUGUGUGCAGCCUGUGGGAGAGCUUCACCACCUCAGUCAAAGAGUCCUACUCGCAUCCUUACGACCGGGUGACGGAGGAGCCGUGCUCCGACCCUCGGACCUCCUACAGAUGCCUGCGCCACAGGAUCACCUACAAGACGGCCUACAGGCAGGCGGUGAAGACAGACUAUCGCAAGAGAUACCAGUGCUGCCCCGGCUAUUACGAGAGCCGAGAAAAAUGUGUCCCUCGCUGCACCAAGGAGUGUGUCCACGGUCGAUGUGUCGCUCCAGAUCGGUGCCAGUGUGAGGGCGGCUGGCGAGGAGACGACUGUUCCAGCGCGUGUGAUGAGAAACACUGGGGUGCAGGCUGCAGUCAGCAGUGUGAGUGUGAGAACAAAGCUCUGUGCCAUCCGGGCAAGGGCACGUGUCAGUGUCCCCCGGGGUUUAUAGGACGACACUGCGAGGAGUCCUGUCCUGCAGGCACCUUCGGGAAGGGCUGUCUGCAGAGGUGCAAGUGUGGCAGCGGAGGAUCCUGUGAUAAAGAAACCGGAGAGUGUUCAUGCCGGGACAAUUUCACUGGGACAUUCUGUGAGAAGGCGUGUCCCAGGAAAUGCCAGGCGCGAUGCCCCUGCCAGAACGGAGGUAUCUGUAAAGGCAAAGGGAUCUGCGACUGCCCACCUGGAUGGACGGGUGCCGUUUGCACAGAGCGAUGUUCAGAGGGACGGUUUGGACAGAACUGCGCCAAUGAGUGUCUCUGCCACAACAGGGGCAAGUGUGACCCUGAAACUGGACAGUGCCAGUGUGCUAAAGGUUUCACUGGUAACAGGUGUAAUGAGGAGUGUGCUGCAGGCUCCUACGGGCAGGACUGUAAGGGUGUGUGUGACUGUGCUAACGGGGCGCGCUGCUACAACAUCGAUGGAGCCUGCCUGUGUGAGCCGGGCUUCAGCGGUCCACACUGCAGGGACCGGAUGUGCGCACCCAGAACAUACGGCAUGCAUUGUGAGCGCACGUGCCUCUGCCAGGAGAAACACACUCUCAGCUGCCACCCCAUGAAAGGAGAAUGCACAUGUCAGCCAGGCUGGGCAGGACUCUUCUGUAAUGAGACGUGCGCUCACGGUUUCUACGGUCACGGCUGCCUGGAGCCGUGUCUGUGUGUGAAUGGAGGGGUGUGUGAUAGCGCCACCGGAAAAUGCCACUGUACCCCCGGGUAUACGGGGGUUCACUGUGAGAGUCCAUGUAAGAGUGGCAUCUAUGGUAAGAACUGCUCCCUGGAGUGCUCCUGUGAAAACUUUGUUGACUGCUCGGCAACUGACGGGGCUUGCUUCUGCAAAGAGGGCUGGCGGGGGCCGCACUGCUCCACCCCUUGCUCUGAGGGGACGUGGGGCCCAGGAUGCAACGCCACCUGCCAUUGCGCCAAUGGGGCAAAAUGUAAUCCUGCAGAUGGAUCCUGUGCCUGCACAGCCGGUUGGAGGGGGCAGCGCUGCGACCAACCGUGCCCGAUGGGCACGUUUGGGCCAGGCUGCCUGAAGAGGUGUGAUUGUGUCCAUGAUGACGGCUGCCAAGCAACCAGCGGGGAGUGCCGCUGUCUGCCAGGGUGGGGGGGUUCUCGCUGUAAUGAGCCGUGUUCAGAGGGCCUGUGGGGGCGCCACUGUAACCAGACCUGUAACAAGCAUUGCCCCAACAGCGACACAUGCUUGAGGGAAACUGGAGCGUGUGUGUGCCGCCCUGGCUACUGGGGAGUCACCUGUCUGAACAAAUGCAAAGCUAGUGUGUAUGGAGAGCAGUGCGGCAUGCCCUGCCCCUCCUGUGGCCAUUCGUACCGCUGCCACCAUGUGACAGGAGAGUGUGACUGCCUGCCAGGAUUCACCGGGCCCAACUGUGAUCAAGUUUGUCCAGCUGGAUACUACGGCAAACAGUGCACUGAGGUGUGUGUUAACUGUGCCAACAACUCCACAUGCGACCACCGGGACGGUCACUGUGAGUGUUUGCCUGGAUGGACUGCUACUGACUGUUCCAUACCCUGCAGUGCGGGUCGCUUUGGUCCGUUCUGCACUCAGACCUGCUCCUGUCCCAGCAACCUCCUCUGUGACCGACACACAGGAGACUGUGUGUGUGAGAGUGAAGAAGAUGACUGCAAACAAGAAACACCUGUGUUGUCGGGGAGCGUCAUGGUGCCCCUUCCCCCCGGUGAGCGGGAGUCGUGGGGAGCGAUCAGCGGCAUCGUGGUGCUGGUCCUCCUGGUGGUGCUGCUGCUUGCUCUGCUGCUGCUGUACCGCCGCAGACAGAAGGACAAGCAGAACCACACCCCCACCGUGACCUUCUCCACCAGCCGCACCGUCAACUCUGAGUACACCGUGCCAGAUGUUCCUCACAGUUACCACCACUACUACUCAAACCCCAGCUACCACACGCUGAGCCAGAACAGGCCUCCACUGCCCCACCUCCCCAACAACCACGACCGCACCAUCAAGAACACCAAUAACCAGCUGUUCUGCAGUGUGAAAAACAUGGAGAGGGAGAGGCGGGGCCUGUUUGGGGUCGAGAGCAACGCCACUCUUCCUGCAGACUGGAAACACCACGAGCCUCGUAAAGACUCAGGAGCUUUUGGAAUCGAUCGGAGCUACAGCUACAGUGCCAGCCUCGGGAAAUAUUACAACAAAGAGCUGAAAGACGUGGUGGCGGCGAGCAGCAGUUCUCUGAACAGCGAGAAUCCUUACGCCACCAUCAAAGACCUGCCUGGUCUGCCCUUCUGCCCCCCCGAGAGCAGCUACAUGGAGAUGCAGUGCACCGUGCCCAGAGAGCGAGCGUACACCGAGAUCCGCCCGCCGUUCAACACCGCCACCUUACGCAGAGAGCGCCAGAGUUCCCUCGGUCACGCUCCACACGAGGACCCCCAGAGCCAUUACGACCUCCCGGUGAACAGCCACAUCCCGGGACACUACGACCUGCCGCCUGUCCGCCGCCCCCCCUCCCCCAGGAGAUCCCCUCAGUGAAGGUCUCAGCAUCAGAGGCAGUUUUCCCCCCUCUCACUUUGGGAAGGAUUUCAGGUGUGUGCUCGCAAAGAAGGAGCGAACUUUUACGCUUCUGUCAGUCAGAGCUGCAGACCACCCACAGAGCAGCGCCUAUAGGCGGAGGAACUGUUGUUGAGUGCGGACGCCCCCCUGUUAGCUCCACACUGCCCCCCUGUGGGCUGAAGGGGUACUUGCUUCACCGUGACAGACUUGUCAUCCAGACAGUGGAGCCAGCGGGCUGCGGUGAUGGGGGGCGGUCUGUGGGACUGCAUUUACCUCCCAUGGGAAAAAUAGACCAGAAGAUUUCAUGUUGAAAUGCAGCAUGGGAAGUUCUUUGCUUUUGAACUAAUGUAAACAUGCUGUAAUUGAUGUUCCCCACACAUUUAGCUUGCUACUGAUCAGCUGGUGUGCAUGAUCAAAAGGCCCCCAUUCAAGUUUUCUUUUAAAGUCUUAAUUUUUUUUGAGGUUAUAUAUAGAAUCCUUUUAUUUACACAAGAAGCUUUGUUUGAAUUCAUCACACAGCUGGACUUCCUUUUGUUUUGCUCAUGGAAAAAAUGCGUAGCCUACUGCUAAAUAUACUGCCAGUCUCUGGUCUGAGACACAUUAUUUUAAUUUCGUUUUAUUUCUCGUGUUCAGGUUUUAAGUCAGGUUGUUUAACCAAAGUUUUGUUGCCAAGAUGAACCUCUUUUUUAUGAUAAUCUCGUCAAACAAAACGUGCUCCUUGUUUGUUUCAACACAUGUGGCUCACAUAUUGCUGCUGCCAGAUGAAAACUUUGUAAAUAUACAAUGGAAUAUAUUGUUGGGGUCACACUAAUGUAAAAGAACGAUCUUAUUCUAGGAUGGUUAAAGGCGUUUGUGACCAUCGUUCACACACACAUUUGCUCAGUUAUAGAUGCCAAAAACUCGCCAUGGGCAGAAACAUUGUUUGUUGUGAAAAGGAAACAUCAAACAGGAAGUUGCAAGCCAAAUCAAAGCAGCAUUUUGGAUGUCACUGAAGCGCGCUACAGCAAUGUUUGUUUUUGCCUGGUAUUUAAAGAGCGGGCUCAACCAAAAUACUUUUUCUUUUUCAAAAGAGGUAAACUUUAAUUGCUUUUGUAUUGCGUCUAAAUACAUCCGAUAUCCUUUAUUUGUGUUUUGCUUUUAUCAAAUGAAGUUUAUUGUUCUGUCAAUUGGAUUACAGAAACCCUGUUUACCAGAAGAAUGUACCUUGUGCUUUUAAUGCUAUAGUUUCCAGUAUAGCUAGAGGCCUUUUUUCUACGUAUGAACAUAUAUUUUUUAAUGUAACCAUGGAAACAUGUGUGUGUAUAUAGUGUAAAUAAAGAUGGCUGCACUUUUCAUCAUUGGUGUUGAGUGGCGUUUGUUUAUGAAGGAAAUAACUUGAACAGUCAGUCACUGGGAAAAACAUCAUUUUACUCAGCAUUAUUUAAAAACAGAAAACAAACAGGAUUGCAUCGACUGAAUGGCUUUUCCAUAGUGUGGACAGCAUCGUUAGGAAAUUCUACUUCAAGCAAAUUACAACUUUGGCAUUAAAGGCUCACAAGAAAUCCCUUCGGUAACAUUUCAAGUCCUUCAAAGACUCAUGAGGCUUCAAUGAGGACUUUCAGAGGGUUCAGGAUUUCAAAAAGGCCUUUCAAAACUUUCACACAAAGCACAUCUGUGGUUUGAAUCGGUUAGUGUCCUGCUUGUUCAUUGACUUGAACUAACAUUGCGUAUACAUGUUUAAGAGCAGCUGUCGAUGAGAAUAAAAAAUAAAAGGAAAGCUUCUCUGGUCAGACAGGCCUUUGAAAAACCCUGAACCAAACCCUUAAAAUGAUCUUUGAGUGGGAUGUUUCACUUAAUAGCUGCAUAUUUUUCACAAUAACAUAGUAAUUAUAUUCAUACCCUUUUUACUUGCAUAUACGAUAAAUACUAUCUCUUAGUUAUACAUCUGUUAUCUUUGGAUCUGUCCACUUCUUUAACGAGUGUUAUGGACCUUUUAAGGCACUUUAGGUCAUUGUUACAAAAUCAGGCAUCUAAUUAAGGUAAAAAAGGAUCUAAUGUGGCACAAACACCAUCUAUUCAGUACAAUUCAAAA